CCUGGUGGAGCUUUUAGUAUUUACAUCAAUAUUAUCUGAAGCGUAUCCGACGCUGCUGCCCAGCACAGACAGCCAGACAGGGAGUCCACCCGUCGGUAGGACAGCUUUUAAUUUAUUUUUUUCUGUUUUUUUCUGUUGUCGGUUCCAGUCACGACUUCUUUUGUGCAUUUUGGAGCUGUUUCCUGUGAUGCUGGCGAGUGAUGUCCGUCUACCGUGUGCACUGCAGUGGUGCGCAGCUUCGCCUGGAGAAACACCUGUGCGCCGGUCCCUUCUACACUGGCCACAGAAAUGAAUGCUGAGUAGAGAACAGAUAACCCUAAGGCGUGGUGUCUGUCUGCAUUUGUCUGAAAGAGGAGGAGAGGGAGCAGCAGAAAUACCACACAGCCAGACAUCAUGCAACGCGAAACCUUCCCUCGCUGCAAAGUGCUGAGAUGUUGGGCCUGAAGAGCGAGUGUGUCAGAUCAAAUCAGCAGACUGUUUACAUCAUGGAAGGGCGAUAAGGGCUGCUUGACACUAGACCGAAGGCCCUGUGCGUGGUUUACGGCCCCUUUCAGUCACAAUCAAGAAAAGACGCAUUCACUGAUCCUCUUCAUCGCUUUGAAUUUCCUCCGCUGUUCAGCAAUCCAGAAACAGGCCAAAUGGAGUGGUCACUAGAGAGUGUGAGGGAGAUGGUGGCUGGAGGGAUGCAGUCUAUAAGGGAGUGUGAGAUCUGUGCUUUUGCAAUAGCCAUGUGUGUGCUGCUGCUGUUUAUGUGGUAUUGUUACAGGGUGGGCCGGGAGCAUGGCUCCAGUCCUCUGCGUGGGAGGUACCUAACCGGUCCUGGACGGAUUGGAGGGGUUGUGGGGGGCUUCAUGAGUUCAGACUGUCGUGGUAGGGGAAAAGGGAAGCAUGGGUCCAUGUCGGAGGAGCAGAACGGCUUCGCUUUCUGUCAGUCAUCAGAGUGCUUCCGCUGUACCAGCGCUGGAGAGAGUCUGAACCAGAGGCUCUAUCACAGCUUGCAGGAAUAUGCCAAGCGCUAUACCUGGUCAGGUAUGGGCAGGGUGCACAAAGGAGUUCGAGACCAAGGCCGGUACCUUAACAGCCGACCAACCAUCCAGCGGCCGGAGGUAUUCUUCCUCCCUGACCUGCCGUCAGCACCUUUCUUCUCCAGAGAAGUGCAGAGACACGACGUGGAGCUGCUUGAGCAGAGCUUCCCUGCCCUUCUGGCUGAGUUUGAGAGCAUCUACCACCAGCCUCCAGGCCGCAGCGGCUCCUCCCUCCCGCCAGGGUGGAAGGCCAACGGUACUCCUCGUGGGCAGUGGUGGACCUACUACCUGGUCAACCAAGGCACCCCUCUGGUUCUAAAUGUCAGGAGAUGUCCACGAGCCUGGAGGGUGCUGGGCCAGCUGCGCACCUUCAUCUCCAACAACGUGUUUGGCAACGCCUGCUUCUCUGUACUGACGCCUGGGGCGCUCAUCACUGAGCAUUACGGCCCAACAAAUGUCAGGCUCCGAUGCCACCUGGGUCUCAGAGUGCCCCCUUCCUGUGAACUUGUGGUUGGUGGAGAGCCACAGUGCUGGUCUGAGGGCAGCUGUUUGCUUUUCGACGACUCCUUCCUUCACAGGGCGUUCCACGAGGGCGUUCCAGAGGACGGCCCAAGGGUGGUUUUCAUGGUGGACCUGUGGCACCCCAACGUGGCCGCUGCUGAGCGACAAGCGUUGGACUACAUUUUUACGCCAGGCCGUCUAGAGGACAGGGAGGGGAAAUAGGUGUGAGUGAGAAACCAUGUCCAAGCAAGAGACAGAUGGCAUUUAGGGAGGUGUCUGUAGGCUCGGGGAGCAACUCCUUGUUUUUUUGUUUUUUUUUCUGCCUUCAGACCAGCUCUCACAUUCACUGUGUACAUAUUCUCCAGCUCAUACAGUCUUGCUCUUAACGCCUCUUAGCAGAUGACCAAACAUUGGGCCUCUUUCAUCAAGCACAUUUUUGCCCGUCUAGUUGUAUAAAAUGCAGCCAUACUUAAAAGUGCACACCUGCAUUUUUUUAUUUAUUUAUUUUUUUAGAACUUAGUAGGUGCACACUAGAUCAUGCAUCCGUUUUUAUUAAUGUGUAUUAGCACCGUAGCAGGGACCUUUCAGCUCAUUUCUUGCUGUUUUUUGCUUUAUUUUGAAUCACUGAAUGUUUAUUUCCAUAUCGAUGAAUGACUUGACCCAACAGCAAAAAUUGUGCCCAGCAAUCACUUUCCAAUAAUCCAUUUUCUCUAACAAUCCUGGCGCAAUCCUAUGUCUUGGAUUUUAUGUUAAAUUUAUGUUAUUUUAGUUGCUACUUAAAAAAAAAAAAAUCCAACAGUAUACUCUUUGCAAGCCAAGUAAUAACCUGUCAUUCUGUUUCAGAUGUGUUUCACAGCACAUGUGGGUCCAUAGGUCAAUCUGUUCUAUUAACUACAAAAGAACUGAAGUCACUGUGUAAGAAUUAAAGAGCCCUUACUUCCUUCUAGGCCUUAGGAAAGGCAAAUGGUGACAUCCAACAUUAAAAGGAAACCUAUUAGCUCAUUUUUAACUCCAUAAUAUUUUUCUGAAACUCCACUAGAGUAAUCCUUCUAUCCUUCUUUAUCUUUUACAGUUCACACUCUGUCUGAAACAAGCCAUUUUUAAGAGCCACAGUUCUGGCUGUGCCUGAGAUGACCAAAUAAGGAAAACUUUGCCGAGCUGAUGUCAGUCGAGGAAAAGAGUGCAAAAAACUGUUGGAGGUGAAGCAUUUAGAGCUGUGUGAAUCCUGAGCCUCUGACCUAAAGGGAUUACGUUUCCAUACCUUUACCUCAUUAUUUAAACCUCUUUCCGUGUUUAAUUUGGGAAUCCAAAUUUAUAUAUAUCCAGUUUAUUAGGCACACCUAUUUAGCAUUUAGCAUCAUCUAGACAUGGUUGUGAGAACCUGUUGGUGCUCAAACUGAGCAUCAGCAUGGGAAAGAAAAGUGAUUUAAGUGACUUUGAACGUGGCAUGGUUGUUGGUGCCAGUCAGGCUCAUCUGAGUAUUUCAGAAACUCUAGGGUCACGGU